AUGCCAGGCACAAGGAAAGGUUACGCUACCAUACAUGAUGCUGUCAAACAUGGGGAUGUCAUGGAGAUGGAAUCGAUGGUCAAGAAUGGUGCUAGUAUAAAUGAGGUAGAAGAGAAAGACAAAUUCACCCCUCUACAUGCUGCUUGUAACAGUGGUGCACUGGAGUGUCUACACUGGCUGUUAUGGCAUGGGGCAGAUGCUACAGUGGUAACACCCAAAGGCUGGAGUCCGGCACACAUAGCUUCAAUACGUGGACAAGAUGCUUGUAUGCAGGCCCUGGUAAACAACGGUGUAAGCAUGUCUACAAAGGAUGCACGUGGCAGUACACCGGCUCACUUAAGUGCUGCUCAUGGAAACUCGUUCACCCUAAACACUAUACUCAGGUCUGGUGUGGACAUUGGAGCCACGGAUAAAAAUGGCUGGACUCCGAUUCACUCAGCAUGUUACCAUGGGCGCUUAGGUUGUCUCCAAUUGCUCUGUAAGUGGGGAGGCAGUCCAGAGGAAGCAGACGACACAGGGAACACACCAGCACAUCUAGCUGCAUCAGAGGGACAUCUGCCCUGUCUAAAAUACCUAGUCAGUUCUGGGGUGAGUCCCAUGCAUGUGCUCGGGGCUAGAAACGAUCAGGGUGAGACACCGAAGGAUCUCGCUCAACAAUUCUACAAAGAAUACAUUGUGGAGUACAUCAAUGGCAUAGAAUGGGAGAGAGACCAUCCUGAUGAGGCAGAAAAUCUCUCAUUCCCUGCACAUGUGGCUGCUUACGGUGGAGAACUCGAACAUCUACGCAUGCUGGUGGAGAAUGGAGUUGUAAAUAUAAAUGAAAGAGAUGACAAAGGAUCUACACCUGCUCACAAAGCUGCUGGUAACGGUCACAUUCACAUCCUACAAUGGCUGAUAGAGAUGGGCGCAAACAUGACAAUUACAAAUCAAGCAGGGGAGACACCAAGAGAUGUGGCGAGGAGGUUCUCACAGCUUGCUUGUGUGAAAUUAUUAGGAGGAGAUCCAGAGGAAGAAACCACGAUAGUUGUCGGGGAAGAAGAAGACGAGGAUGACAUCACAGAUGGAAACACAGAGGGCCGUUCAGUCCUACUUACCGAUAAACAACGCAAAGAGUCACGAGGGCGAGCAAGACAGAAGUAUGAAGAACUGGAGAGGUUACUGGAGGUUGCGAAGAAGAAUUACACACAAUUAGGUGGACGACUACUAGAAGACCGCAAACGAAUGCAAGAGAUCAGAGACAAGGACAAAACUAUCAGUGAGCUGGAAGCCCAGUUGGACUAUGAGAGACUGAGAAGGGAGAAGCUUGAGGCACAGCUCGAUCAAUAUAGACGCGAGAUAGCUGAUUUAAAGUAUCAACUCCAGAGUCGAGACUACAACUCAGGGGAAAACGAUAAUGUGGCCAUCAACAUUCACAAUUCAAGGACAUAUUUAGAGCAGGAGUCCAGUGAUGCUGAUAGUGACUUUGUGUCCAGACAGCGACGUACGAAGAAAUCGACAAAAAGCAAGAAGAGUCACGGAGACGAAGGAAUAUUUAUCAAAAGGAACAUAUCUGCCCCUAAACGAAGAUCAAAACGUGUUGUGUAACCUGAAUCUCACCGGACAACUGACAAAACACGACAAAAGGACAAAUAUACUUCUAUAGUCAGGGGGAUAUAUAUAUGUAUAUUGUUAGGGUUUCGAUAGCCUGGACAAUGAAACUGGACGUUGUAGGAAUGUGUAAUCAUUUAAGAUUUCCCAAGAAACUGCAAUAGAUGAUAUUUAAUAUAA